AGCAGGCGCUGGAGUCAGUCCAUCCCUAAAAGCAGACAGAAAGGCUGCAAUCAAGCCAAGGAAAGCAUUAUCCACGGCCCGGGCACUGGGGAGAAAGCGGGAGCAGAGCAGAGCUGCCGGAGCACCGAGCCUGCGAGCCCACGGCAGGCAGCAGCCACUGCAGGGAAAGCAGCAGGCGACAGAGCUGCAACCCCUCUGAUUAAGACAGGGACUUCUUUCGGGUGGAGGAAACCCAGGGCAGAGAGCGUGAACAGCUGGUGCAAUGACAGGCAGAAACUGAAGAGCAUUUGGAGCUUUCUGUUCUAACAGAUUGUUUCCUCUAGCUGAGCAACAGACACACCAAGAAACAUGCCUGAGCAAAGCAAUGAUUACAGGGUUGUUGUAUUUGGAGCUGGAGGAGUGGGCAAAAGUUCUUUGGUCUUGAGAUUUGUGAAGGGUACUUUCAGAGAGAGCUACAUCCCUACAGUUGAAGACACCUAUCGGCAGGUGAUCAGCUGUGAUAAGAGCAUAUGCACUUUGCAGAUAACUGACACUACAGGGAGCCAUCAAUUUCCAGCCAUGCAACGUCUUUCUAUCUCUAAAGGACAUGCUUUCAUUUUGGUCUACUCUAUCACUAGCCGACAGUCCUUGGAGGAACUCAAACCAAUCUAUGAACAGAUAUGUCAGAUUAAAGGAGAUAUAGAAAGUAUUCCAAUAAUGCUGGUGGGGAACAAAAAUGAUGAGAACCAAAGUCGAGAGGUGGACAGCAGUGAAGGAGAAGCCAUGGCUAAGAAGUGGAAAUGUGCUUUCAUGGAAACGUCUGCCAAGCUGAACCACAACGUGAAAGAGUUAUUCCAAGAGCUACUAAACUUAGAGAAACGCAGGACUGUGAGUUUACAAAUUGAUGGCAAAAAAAGCAAGCAGCAGAAGAGGAAAGAGAAGCUGAAAGGCAAAUGUGUGGUGAUGUGAAAUUGCAUUGUCAGGAAUCAGCCAUGCAGUCUCACCUAUCUGACAAUAUUCAUGUAAAACCUAUAGACAGCAAACAACCAUACCUAUUUAUUAGUAUCUGUUUUAAAAGAAAUAUCUGGAAUUUGGAAAAAUGAGUUACUGUGGUUACUGUGAAAAAGCCAACAAUUAAAAAACCAUGUACUACAGCUAUCAGUGAAAAAAAAACGAGGAAGUAAAAGAUGGGCCAGUAUGUCUAAUUUUGCAAUUUACAGAAGAAAGGAAAUUUCAUCCUUAGCAUAAUGUGGCAGAUUUGGGAAGACAACAUCAUAUUAUUUACAUUUGCAUAUAACAGCAAGAGAAGGCAAUGUAUAAUGUUAGUAAAAAAGCAAAGUGGCCAUGAAAGAACCUAGAACGUAUACAGGCACGGUGGAUGGUCUAACACGCCUUUUAAGAAUGCAGUGGACAAACAUUUCUGUGCAAUGUUCAUUGCUGAUUGGUGGGGCAGUGUGCAUAAGAUAGUCUAGAUCCACCAAAUAAACAAACUCUUUCACACUAAAAGGGCGUGGGGGGGUAGCACAGUUAAAAGGAACAGAUGAUCUCUGUACCCUCCCAGCAUAAGAUUUCUUUUGGGUAUGAUGCAGUGUUUGAACUGAAGGAUGAGGAAAACAUCAGCCCCUGUAGGAGAGAUUGAAAUGAUCUCCUUUCUGAACCCAUUGCUUCUGGUCCCAAAAUAUUUCAGGAGAGCAGAUUUUCCUGUGGAGAAUGUCAGAAUGUAUAAAAAUAUUAUACAUAAACAAACAGAAAGUUUCUUUAGGGAAGACUAGGGAGUUCCCUACAAAAGCCUCUUUGGGAAAGGCGCAGUUCAAACGCUAGUGGUGGUUAAAUGAAUGUGGUAUGUGGUCCAUUCAUUAGUGAACGAAUGGAAAGUCUGUUGAACUGGUGAUACACUGGGAGGGGUUUGUGUAGUAUAUAACACUUUUAUUCAAAUUACCAAAUUGGCUGAGUGAAACUUCUUUACAUUACUAUGUUGCAAUUUUGCGUUGAUGCAAUUUCCUAUGUGAUUUAUUGCCUUUAUAUUGUAUGAAGGGUUUUAUAUUUAUGAUUUAAACUCAUUAUUUGAACAACUGUGACUAUUUAUAGGACCAAAUCCUAUAUUUGGUUCUAGGGCACACAAGCGUCUCUUAAAACUUGCUGGAAUAAAUACUACAGGAUUUGGCAUAUUAAGAGUUCUAGUCAGUACUGCGUUACAAUGCAAUACAAAGUUCAGAAGAGAAAAAAAUAUGGUUUCAACCACUUUGUCAGGGGAAACUGCUCUUCUCAAAACCUUUGAAAAGUGAAAAAGUGUAUAAUAUGUGAGCUUUUCUGGACCUCUCCAAAGCUUUUAAAAAAGCUAAUAUGAAUGAGUAAAGUGUGUGUCAUACUGAUAACAAAGACCAUCUAAGACAAAAGAAGCACAUACAUUUUUUAAAGGACACAUCGAAUCAAAUAAGCUAUGUUUUGCACUUUAGGAACUGCUUUGAAAUAUUAAAAAGAAUGACCAUAUUUUUGGUAUGUUUAUGUCAAAAUCAUACUAUGAGGAAAUGCAGUCAAGUACUACUAUUAUUAGUAUGCAUGCUGUGGCAUUAUAAAUAUCUUAUAGGGGCUGUUAAAAUGCAGUAUUGCAUUAAAAAUCAUUACCUCGUUGCUCUCAGAGCUAUUGUUUGCUUCCCUUCCAUCUUUCCCUUCCACAAAAGUGCAAACAUGUCACAGGUAGAGUGACAGUAUUCAUUUCUUUGAGCAAAAAUUGCUAUUAGCAGUGUCUACAAAGAAGCACAACUUUUGUCAUUCACUCAGAAAAAAAUCUCUCACUAUUAAAACCAAGCGUAAAUCUCCUACUUAUCCUAAUGAAGGCAGAAUUUUGUGGGUUUACUUCAUGGUAUUAAAAGAGAAAACUGGAGAGAGCAUGAAAAAAAGGCUCUUUCUUAGCAAUAGCUGGCUAUUAUAUGAUGAUUUUUCUCCAUAAAUCUCAAAGCACUUUACAAAAAGGACAGCAUCAUUACCUUAACUUACCAGGUAGUGAAGUUGAAAUUCAAAGAGAGGAAGCAACUGCACGUAGGUUACCCAGCAGGCUAGUGGCAGACCUGGGAACAAAAGCAGAUCUCCUCAGUCCCGGUCCAGUGCUUGGUCUGCAUUUGGUAAGACUGUCUCUUCACAUUCUUAAAGAGUUUUUAAAACACAUAAAGAAACCUAAUAUGGCACAAGAAAAGUCUAUCUUUUUCUUGUCUGUCUGUCAAUGGAUCAAACAGUAUUUUCAGGUCAUGGACAUGAAGUAUUUAAAGGCACUAUGUUUAGUAAGACUUUUGUAUAUGUAUAUACAUCUACUUUGUAAGCAAAUGGCUCACUAACAAAACUGGAAAAUCAAAAGAAUGAUCACACUUACAGAGUAUUGGGUCACAUAGAGAGGCCAGCAGUACGGAGUCUCUUACUGAUGUUAACUAACAUGCCGAUGCCAAAGGUCAUCAUGCAUGGCACACACCUAAACAGCCAGCACGGAAUAAUGAUAGAAAUUCAAAGAAAAAGUGCUUUAUAAAGACAAAGAUCCUUUUAACAUUAUUACUUUAGCCAGUGGAAUUAUUUCGAUAGUAAGUAAUGUUACAGAAGUACAAAAUAGGGGAUCUGAAUUAGACUGAAAAGGUUAUGACUGCAAGGAUAUUACAGGCUAAAAUUUGGCCCUGGACUUUUUUUAAUUGUGCCUCAGCAAGAAAAGAAUAAUUGUAUAGCAAAGGUGGUAAUAGAAACAAGUAGCUGCCAGAGGACCAUUUCCUUUAAUUCCCCAAGGAUUCCUCACCUGCUACAUAAUAAGCCAUCAAUUAUUUCAUGGACUUGUUUGUAUCAAAGCAAGGCCAGUACAGAAGCAAUAUUACUCAUGGACCACAGACUCAAAAGAGAACAUAUUUUAUACCCUUGCAUUGCCAUUCCAGUUUCUACUACUAGAUUUUACAUAUCUUACCUAAUUGUAAGCUAGUUUAAAACAUUUGUUUUCCUAUUACUUAUACGAAAUUUAUUUAAUACAGGGAAAAAAAAUGAGGUAAAUAAAAAAAAUAUAUAGCUUUAUUACAUUUUGUGUUUUGUUUGGGAAUGUGCUAUCAAUAUAACAAACUCUUUAAAAUGUACAAAAAAUUAUGAUAUAUUUAAACCUGUAAGAUAUACAGUGAAUUUUAGCACCCAGAAAACAUGAUAUAGAUGAAAUGACUCUUUACAAUGCAUGACUUUUAUAUGUAUAUAUAAAAUAUUAAGGUAUAUAGUUAUCAUGAAAAUUGUUGUUGCGAUUUCAUUAGCAAGUAUUUUAUUCAAAAACUCUGGAUAUGAAGUAAUUUGUGCCUACAGGUUUCUAUGGCUUUGGUGAUGUUCUGAAUAUACAAAAUAAAGUUUUAAAUGGAAACACAA